GUGCAGAACAGGUAGACGGCAUUGUGCCAGCUGCUGGCAGCAGGGACAGGUGGGCUGAUCCCAGGUGAGUGCUACCUGUCCGGUACCUGGCUGUUGUGUGGAGUGGGCGGCUCUGGGUGGGGUGUCAGUGAGGGAGGGUGAGUGCGUCCCAUGUUUGGUUUUUAGAUGUUGGUGAGUGUCUGUCACUGCAGUCAUUCUACAAGGGCAGCACCUGGGGGAGAUAUCACAUGGCGGACUGUCUGCUGUCUCACGGGAUCCAUCUCUUGGGGGUGCUGGCUCUGUCCUACCUGGUCCUCAAACAGUCAUGGAGGCUGCUGAAGGGUUUUAGGACCCAUAUUCUCUCCCGGUGGUGGAGGACUGACCUUAGGAAGUACGGAGGCUGGGCGGUGGUAACAGGAGCGUCUGAUGGGAUAGGAAAAGCCUACGCAGAGGAGCUGGCCCGGAGGGGACUCAAUGUCGUCCUCAUCAGUCGGACUCUGAAGAAGCUGCAGAGCAUUGCGGAAGGGAUAGAGCUCCAGACAGGACGGAAAACCAAGAUAAUCCAGGUGGAUUUCACAGGAGGACCUGAAAACUAUCCCAAAAUUGAAGAAGGUUUAAAGGACCUGGAAAUAGGAAUACUUGUAAAUAACGUUGGGAUGGUAUAUGGUGAAGGGGUACCUAAGUUUCUCGAUGUGCCCGAUGUAAACCAGAGUUUAAAUGACAUUAUUAACUGCAACAUCCUGUCUGCAGUGCACAUGACCAGGCUCAUACUUCCACAAAUGGUGGCCAGGAAGAAAGGCCUGAUUAUAAACAUAUCCUCUGAAGCUGGAUAUCGCCCUUUACCAUUCCUCACUGUGUACAGUGCCACAAAGGCCUUUGUGGACUUCUUUUCCCGUGGUCUCCAUGCUGAAUAUAAAUCGGAUGGGAUUACAGUACAGUCUGUGCUGCCGCUGAUGGUCUCCACCCAUAUGCUGUUGUUUAAAACCGAGGCAAAUAUUAUUAUCAAAAAAGCAGAGGAUUUCGCCAGGGAAGCCCUGAACACCGUGGGGUACACCACUCGGACCAGCGGCUGCCUCUCUCACUCGAUACAGAGCUAUGUACUGGAACACUUCCUCCAGCGCUCCGUCUCCUCCUUCCCCAUCCUGGUAAACUUUGGCAUACAAUUCAGCAAGUUGACAGGGAAAUCCAAAAAGCAAUAACGCGGAGCUGCGGGAAGAUGAGGCUGUUGUUCUCCUGGUGACCGCUACUUGCUGAAUUCAGAAUAAAUGACAAUAUUAGGAAGAC